UGGAAGCCGGGUCUCCUGCGUUGCAGGUGAAUGCUUUACCCUCUGAGCCACCAGGGGAGCACCCCCGCCAAUAAAUGACAGCUGCUCUCUAUUCGGCAACAGUCCCUGGGGAGGGCUCGAGAUUGGGACUAGGGUGUUUUUCACAACUGAUGUGACACUUGGAGGCUGUAGGAAUUACCAGACUGGGAAUAGCAGUCUCCAGCUUCUGUGUGAUGCAGGGAGGGGAGCCUGCUUGCUCCAGAGCCCCUCUGCCAGCGGCAGCUGCCACUGGGGAAGCCCAAUUUCAGCAUCGGCUGAGGCUAUUUUCAGAGGUCAGAAGCCCUCUCUCUGAAUCUCUCUGGGAUGGGGUUGGGGUGUGGGGACCCUCUGGUCUUUUCACUGCCAGUGGAAGGUUGCCUAGGAUGUGUCUCAGGGGCCUGGGGAUGAGUGCCAAGGAGUGGGGUGCGGAGGUGAAGGGGGUUGAUGGGCACUCCCCUUGCUGCUGUUUGGAGGCCCAGGGAACUCUUGAGCGGCCUGAAGCUACACCAGGGAUCUGUAAACCUGUGGACUGGGGCAGUGCUGGGCCCAAAAAUAGCUUCUGCCUGUGCAGGGAGGAGGCAGCCUUCAGAUGCUGCUUGGGGAAUGUUUCUGCUUGAAUGGGCCAGCUGAGGUAAAGCCAAGCUCAUGCUUUGCUAUCCAGAAUCAUUUCAGUUCCGUUCAGUGAGGUUUUAAACAGAUCCAGCUUUCCUCUGAGAUGUUUAAAAAAUAAUUAGAAUGCCACCACCCCCCGCUCCCGACUGCAAUCUCUCUCUCUUCAUUGCUUUGCUUUUCAAAGGGGGACCCAGAUUGUGGGUGCAGGAAGGUGCUGACCAGGUCUCUUGGCUCUGGACACCCACCUGAUUCUGUUAGGGAUGUUCAUGGUACCAUGCUUUUUUUUUUUUUAUUCUUCCGCCAGCCUGGUAUGUCUUGGCAUUCCAGUCCUUGGGUUGCUUGGAGAAAUUAACGGCUUCUGUCACUGCGCUGUCUUGGUAUCCUGUAACCACGCUGUUUUUGCAGAGAGCGUGUUUUUUGUUGUUCUUGCAGAGUGCUAGGAAUAAAUUGCUGGCUCUGUGCUCAGAAGAGACACCAGCUAUGACCAGCUACAAUGCAGCCUGUAUUCUCAGAAAAUGAAUUCAGGAGGGAUGAUGUCAGCUACUUUACCACUGGCCGGGCGCUGGUCAGCCUCCCCUCUCAGCCCUCGAGCUUACGUCAUAGAGAGAUCUGUGCUCUUCCAGUCCCGCUCCGUGUGAGAAGAUGGGAGUCUUGCUGCCACCAAAAUUUUUAGAACUCAGCUCCACUGGCCCUGCCAUAGGGCGUCUGCCUUAGUGGAGCCCUUCUGAGAAGAGCUGUCCUGCAGCCAGACGGCUGUGCCUGAAAGCAGCGUGGCUCAGAGCUUGAGUCAGGGUUUUGGCAUCAGACCCGGGUUCAGGUCCCUGAGCCCCUUCUCCCUAUCCUCGUGGCUUAGGGCGAGCGACUUGGCCCCUCUGCACACGCACGCUGAGUCGCUCAGUUGUGUCAGAUUCUUUGCGGGCCCAUGGCCUGUGGCCCGCCAGGCUCCUCUGGCCGUGGGAUUCUCCAGGCAAGAACACUGGAGGGGGUUGCCAUUCCCUCCUCUAGUUGGCCCCUCUGAGCCUCAGUUUUCUCUUGUUUAGCCUUGGGGUUGUCGAGUGGAUUUCGCUGAUUUUCAUGGGGCACUUAGCAGAGGACCCUUCUGUGCUAAUCCCUCGGUGAAUGGUCCUCAUGGUAACCACAGAUGAGUGAGGAAAAGGAGGCAAACCCCAGGCCAUGGGGCGGCCGCCCCAGGUUCACAUUCCAGCUCUGACCUCUUCAGGCUCUGUUGAGCAGGUGGUUUAAUGGCAGAGCCUUGCUUUCUCUCCUCAUAGAACUGUAGGGACUAAACUGGAUGAUGCAGUUAAAGUGGAAAGUCCGAGGCCUAGCGCACAGUAGGACCACGAUAAUUGUUCCUUUCCUUCUUGCCUUUCCUCAAGGGUCUUGUAGCAUUUUCUUUCACCUGUUUCCUCACCAGUGAGGCUGGUUCAAGAUUCCCCUUAGACAUGUUUCCCACCCUUCACUUUAGGACUUUGAAUACCAACCAGGCUGUUUGCAGCCCUUUUGCUUGUUUAUUUGCCAGCCACAAACAAGGGUGGGGGCUGUGGUGUGGUUCCAGCACUGAGCAGACGCUGAGCUGAGCUUGAGGGUGGCUGACUCUGUUUAGAAAAAAAUAAAAAGUCAGUCUCUAUUGGCUCAAGCCUGACUUUGGAGAAAAAUCACAGCAGUGUUUAGGAGGCUUGAUGUCGCUCUGUCUAAAUUGUUCUCAGAUGUACUAAAAAACAGUCCCUGGGGCCAGAGGCCGGAUGGAAGCUUCUUUUGGAUAAAUAAAAAAAUGGUAAAUGCAUAUGGGUUUUUUUUUUUUUUCUUUUUUUUAAGCAAGGACAGUGAUGUCUUCUCUCAGGUUGCAAUGCGGUUUUAUUUUUAAAGCGAACACACAUACUUUGAUACUGAGCUGUAAGCCCGUUCAGCUAGAAUUCAGGGCAGAGCUCUGUCUUCUCAAACGCUGUGCCCUCCUGUCCCCUGCCUACGCUGUGUCCCCCCCACUGCACCAGCCUGGGGCCUGGCACCAGGGAGGCCUGCAUAUUGCUGAGCUCAGGAAUCAUGGGGUGGCGGGAGGAACACAGCUUUCCAGUCAUCAGGCCAGGCUCGGAACCUGGGGUCCACCUUUUCCUAACCCAGAGCUUACAUAACCCCGUAGCAGGUCAUGUCAUGGAGCCUUGGUUUCUUCCCGCUCCCGUUGACCUUCCAGAAUUCUGGGGAGAGCUAAAUGAGAAACACGAGCAUCGUGAAUGCUGACGUGCUUUGCAUCAUGCAUUUUGCCUGUUUCAUCAAAUACCUACUGUGUGCCAGGUGCUGUGUUAGGCAUCAUGGUGAACAAAACAGACAUCAUCUUUGCCUUUGCAGGGUUGACUGCUUACUGGAUAUUAUUGAGGGGAAGAUAGUAAAUGAAUAAAGUUGAAAAUUUUCCUAAGUUGUUUUUUUUUUGGCCGCACCCAGUGACAUGCAGAACUUACUCCACCAGGGGUCGAACUCACACCCCCUGCAGUGGAACUGUGGAGUCUUAACCAGCAAACUGCCCGGAAUGCCCAAAGUUGAUGAUUUCAGCUGGUGAUUACCUGAGGAUAAUGGGAUGACGAGGGCCAGGCAGGUGCAAUUUAGUGAGCUGGGGUGGUCAGGGAGCGCCUUAGAGGAGUGAUGGUUGCUUUGAGACCUGAAUGAUGAGAGUGAGCCCACGACAGGAGGAACCAGAGGAAGAACAUGCAGAGGAACAACAAGUGCAAAGGUCCUGAGAUCAGAAUGAGCUUGAUGUGUUUGAGGAGCAGGCAGAAGUGUCUGUGUGUGUGGACCUUAAAGGGUAGGGAUGGCUGUUCUGAGGACCACAGAGACCUUGGGCAGGAGGGAGAAUUUGAUCCCAAGUGGCAUCGUUUGCCUUGCAUGCGCCUCAGGUCUUAGCCUUGGGCUUCCUUGGUGGGGCAGUGGGUGGGAGAAGGUGGCUUCUCUGUGUCCCUAAUUCUCCUGCAUGUCUUACUCCGCGGGCAUCUCCCCAAAACUGGAGAAGCCAGAGGAGCGUCUCGUUACCGCCUGCAUGAUUUUAUGGACUUCCUGAUCAUCACCAGGCUCAUGGGCACUUAGGACUUCUGAGCCGGACUCGGAGCUGCCGGAGGAUUGUGCAGAGCGUUCUGCGGGUCCAGGCAGACAGCAUGUUGACACGUCUGGCAAUGUUCCUGCCUCUAACCCAGAAGCCAUGAAGGAGAUAAGGUAGCCCCCGUCCCUGGAUCGGAUUGGAUGGGGAAGCCCAGUUCAAUGGAUGCAAAAUACAAGGAUGACUUGUUCCGGAAGUACGUGCAGUUCCACGAGGGCCAAGGGGACGCCACCCCUGGCAGUGAUGAGUCCCUGCGGGCGGCAGCCUCCACCCUGCUCAGCCUGCACAAGGUGGACCCCUUUUAUCGAUUCCGGCUGAUCCAGUUCUAUGAGGUGGUGGAGAGCUCCCUGCGCUCGCUCCGCUCCUCCAGCCUGCGGGCCCUGCGCUGCGCCUUCGGCGUGCUCGAGACGGUGGGCGUCAACCUCUUCCUCUGCCCCUGGAAGAAGGAGUUCAGAAGCAUCAAGACCUACACGGGCCCCUUCGUCUACUACGUCAAGUCGACGUUACUGGAGGAGGACAUCCGAGCCAUCCUGAGCUACAUGGGCUAUGUGCCCGAGCUGGGGACCGCCUACAGGCUCAAAGAGCUGGUCGAGACGCUGCAAGUGAAGAUGGUCUCCUUCGAACUCUUUCUGGCCAAGGUGGAGUGCGAGCAGAUGCUGGAGAUCCACUCGCAGGUGAAGGACAAGGGCUACACGGAGCUGGACGUGGUGAGCGAGCGCCGGGGCAGCGCGGAGGACGCGCGGGGCUGCGCGGAGGCCCUGCGGCGGCGCGCCGAGGCCCGCGGGCCGCUGUCGGCCUCCAUGGCGCGCAUGGUGCUGCAGAAGUCGGCCAGCGAGCGGGCGGCCAAGGACUACUACAAGCCCCGCGUGACCAAGCCCUCGCGGUCGGUAGACACCUACGACAGCUACUGGGAGAGCCGGAAGCCUCCCCUGAAGACCUCGCUGAGCCUGCGGAAGGAGCCGGCGGCUGCCGAGCCUGGAGAUGAGCUCAAGGACGAGAUCGUCCGCCCGCCGCCCUCGCUCCUGACCGUGGCCAGCUCCCCGCACGGCGGCGCCGACGACCUGCCGGCCCCCGCGCCCAGCAAUGGGCUCGGCCUGCUGCGCAGCCCCUACCUGCCCGGCCCAGACGACGUGGAUCUGUACACCGACGCGGAGCCCCGGGCCGCCUACCGGAGGCAGGACGCCCUGCGGCCCGACGUCUGGCUGCUGAGAAGCGACGCCCACGCCGGCUACCACAAGCGCUCGCCCCCCGCCAAAGAGUCCGCCCUCUCCAAGUGCCAGAACUGCGGCCUGUCCUGCAGCGCCGCCCUCUGCCAGCGCUGCGACAGCCUGCUGGCCUGUUCCCCGGCCGCCAAGCCCAGCGCCUUCCCCGGCAAGGCCUCCGGCCAUGACAGCCUGGCCCACGGGGCCGCCCUGCGGGAGAAGUACGCGGGCCAGACUCAGGGCCUCGAGCGGCCGCCGCACCUCCACUCCAAGUCCAAGCCGCCCGCCGCCGCCACCUCCCGCUGUGGCUUCUGCAACCGCCCGGGGGCUGCCAACACCUGCACCCAGUGUUCCAAAGUCUCCUGCGACGCCUGCCUCAGCGCCUACCAUUACGACCCCUGCUGCAAAAAGAGCGAGCUGCACAAGUUCAUGCCCAACAGCCAGCUGAACUACAAGUCCACCCAGCUCCCCCAUCUCGUGUACAGAUAGACGCCACCCCGCACCCCCUGCUCCAAGGGCUACACCUCCGACCUUCCUGGUGUCCCGGGGAAGCAGCGCUAAGGCGCAGAUCUCAGAAGCAGGGCCCAGCCCUUGACCACGUGGGUGGUGGGGGCUCCUGGGGCCGGCCACCCCAUGUGGGAGUUCCCUUACCGACUCAGAUUAUUUCAGCUGAUGGCUGCUUUGUCGUCUGUCAGGAGGGAGGGUGGCGCUUCCGUUGGGAUUCCUUUUUGCUAAUCUCUCCACUCCCUGUUCCGUUUUUUGGGGGGGUUUGUUUCUUCAAGAUAGUUUCUAUCUCUGGGACUCUUGCCGACCAGUCCCACGGCGAAGCCAACUUGGAUUGGGAAGGGCCCCCUUGGUCGCUUCCAGAUGCCCACCUGGAGCGGUGAGCUAGAGGCCUGUUGGCUUGUGAAAUGAGCCCUCCUGCCACACCGGGCCUCCUCCACUGGCUCAUCCCUCCGCCGCCGUCCCCAGACACCGGGACCCCCGCCGGCAUCCCCCACCUGCCUUCCCCGCCUUUACACGUCAAUGGUGACCCGAGCCCAGGAUUCACUGAAUGUCAUGCUGUUGCCUGCAAAGCUCAGCGCAGCCGUGGGGUCUGUGAACUUGGCCCUCCGCUCUGCAGUGUGGACCUUCCACCGCGGCACAGACCCCCUCCACCCACUUCUGUUGUUUGCACAUCCUUUUCUUUCCCUACUGUAUAUAGAUAUUUUUGAGAUUUAUUUUUAAAUAAAUAUUCAACUUGCCGUGUGUUUCAAAGUGGUGAAAACAUUACCAAUGUAGCUAUUUAUAAAGAUGCCCCAGGUUCUUUAGUCUUCCAGGGGAGGGGCUCAUGCCCUUCCACCUUGCCUCCCCUCGCCGCAGCCCGAAGGUCGAGUGGAGCGUGCGGGCGUGGAGGAGGAACAGAGAUGAUGUCCCCUGGGCUCGUGGAGAGCCGCUGUCUUCCCUGCAACCAAUCUCAACACCUACCUCCAGUGCGCACCUCGGGGGGCUCGUCCGGGCUGAGAGGUCUCUGUGCCCGCAGACUGAGCACCCAGUGACAAGUCGGGAACCUCACCCUGUGGACCUCCAGCCUGGUCUUCGCCGCUUGCUGAGUGUGGACCUUGCGCUGCAGUCUCCUCGAGUCUCAGUUCAGAAGGAAGAGGGUUUGGGAUCCCCACCACCCCUCCACCUCAGUCCUCUCCUCUCCAGCUGUUUCCGGGACUUCUCUAACCUACAGCAACCCUUUUGCACUAGAAGUGGGCAGGAGUCGGCGUGCGCCCAGCAGAUAGGCGUCUCCUGAGAUUCUUAGCCGAGCCUCAGCACUUCGAAACCCGAAGGCCCCUUAAACUCCUUAUGUGAAUUAACUGACCCCGGAUUAUCCUUUUGGGUUUCAGAGCAGGAGUGGGGCAAGAAUCGGAAAAUAGAACCGCUUCCGUGUGAACUAACAAUAUAUUUUAGCCAUAAGUGUUGGUGAUGUACAGAAUGUUAUGGGAAUUGACAUGCAGUGGGUUUUCUGAUGGGAGGAGGUAUUCAGCUCCUGAGCACAUUUCCAUCUGGCUGAAUCCUGAGGCCACUGUGAAUUUGCUGAUGUUCUUCCAACUCAGUUGAGAGAUUUUAAGGUUUUCAAAAUCUUCUAUGGCUCUUUUUUUAUAUAUAUAUCUAGUAGAUCACUUGUAGAUAUUCCAUGUGUAUAUAAAGCUGAGUUUCAACCAACUUUAUUACUAAGGCCCUCCCCCUCGGGGGCACCCAUCUUUGAUGUUCUUCUUCCUUUUCACAUUUCAGACGUGUCAAUGCCUGUCCCAGUCCUGACUUUUCCAGUUUUCCAUUUUCAGACAGCUCUAGCACUACACUAACUCUUAACCAACCGUGAUGCCACGUAACUUACACAGCAGACAGAAGCAGGAAUAACCCACUUGUUCUGGAAGAGAAAGUCCAGUGUGGGUUAUCGUCACGGAAACACUGUGUUCGUGGGUUGGAAUAGGAAAUGCUGUGACCGUGCUCCUCCUCAGUGUGUAUCUUAAUUGUAUGAGGUUGCUGUGAUUGAGAUAAAUAGAUGCUAAUUUAAAAAUGCAGAUGUUUUGCAUUUGAUUUCUACCAAGAGUUGAAAUGUUGAGAGAUGCUUUAAAAAAUAAUAAUAAAGUGUCUUCCAUUGUUAA